AGAAAAGGGACGGAGGGAUCGGAGGGUGAGACGGAGUCGGAGGAAGAAAAGGAGGAUAAGACGAGGAUCGCCCUAUCCGCCAGCAUCGAGAUGCCGGAAGCCUCGAGCUCGUCCGGGACCGCCCUUGACGACCUCGAUAACUCGACCUUCGAGAACAAGAGCGGCCUCGCCGAGGACAUGAAGUUUCUCGCUCGUAUGCCAGAGCUCUGCGACGUCACCUUCCUCGUAGGCGAAACGCGGGAACCGGUCUGCGCGGUAAAGGCCAUCCUCGCCUCCAGGAGCAAGGUCUUCCACAAGAUGCUGUACCAAGCGCCGAGUCCCCAGCGCAAAAAGGAUCCCCCGCCCAAGGAAAAUAAGCUCAAGUACUUUCUCAAGAGGAGCUCCGAGCCCCUCCUAAACAUGCAGAAUGCCGCGCAACAGCGGUCAAGCUUCACGCAGCAGCUGGCUCCCAUUCAAGAGCCUCAGUCGUAUCAGCACCACACUCUCAUCGUCGAUGAAUUCGAGCCGGAUGUUUUUCGUCAGCUGAUCGAGUACAUUCACACGGGAUGCGUCACACUGCAGCCACGCACACUACUUGGAGUGAUGAAUGCCGCCGAUUAUUACGGGUUGGAUGAACUUCGACGCGCUUGUGCUGGAUUCAUCCAGUGUUGCAUUACCGUCGACACAGUCUGCGCGCUCUUGGCCUCGGCUGAACGAUACAUUCAAUACAAAUGCACCAAAUCCUUGGUGCAAAAGGUUUUAGAAUUUGUCGAUGAGCGUGGAAAUGAAGUACUUAAUCUUGGAUCGUUCACGCUGUUGCCGCAACACGUUGUGCGUUUAAUUUUAGCUCGGGACGAAUUGCAUGCUGAUGAGUUUACCAAAUUUCAGGCUGCACUAAUGUGGAGUAAAAAGUAUUGCGAUAGUAAUACAACAAUGGAUCUCAAGACAGUUAUUGGCAACUUUAUCGAAUAUAUUCAAUUUCACAAGAUCCCAGCAAAUGUUUUGAUGCACGAAGUUCAUCCCUUAGGACUAGUGCCAAAUGCUAUUAUCGUUAAUGCUCUGGCCUAUCAGGCAGACCCAACCAGUGUUGACCCCGGGCAGCUCUCUCCCCACAGAGUGAGAAGGCAGGGCCGCAGCAUGUCGGUUCAGUCCUCCCUGGACCCCUACGGUAGCAACAUGACCUUAAACUCUUUGGGAAGUGACGCCGGCUCCGGGAGCGAGCACCGCCAGCACUCCGGUAGCAACUAACCUACGGCAGCCGCGGUCGUGGAUCCAAAUGCGGCCGCGGGUCCGGAGGAGUCCUGUUUUCGAUACAGCUUUCGCCUAAGUGGUAACCAACAGCAGCAACAGACCUCCUCGUGUUCGGGCGCCGAGUCGCUGAGUAUAGAAGAGGAGCCCGAGUUCCGGGACCGGCAGCCGAUCCUCGUGAGGGCAAAUGUCGAGCUCGUACCUGCGAUCCCGAAUACCCGGAUCGAGUCGACGAGACCCCUUGGCCUUACCGAUCAUUCAAGCCUCUACAUACGUAUGGUCCUCAGGCAAGAGGGUCAUCUGGCUAAUCUCGUCUGGCUUUACAAGACACACAAAUUUUAAGCUCGAU